CCUCUAGGUGUCACGAUGGGGCUCCUGGUCCAGGCGGCUGGCUGGCGGGGGGUGUUUGUCUCCCUCUAUCGUUAUCGAAAAUUUAGCAAAAAAACACUUAUAACCCAGAAGUUCGGGGUUAUGCCCGCUUAUUAAGUGUUACUGAACUUGUAUCAGACGGCAUUUCGGCAAGAUGCUUCAUUUUAACACUUCCAAGUUUGCUUCACUCUUUAGGCCAGGCGUCCAUUUUCUUUUUCUUCUCUUUGUUUCCGUGACAAAAACCCGCCGUUUCUGGAUGAAGCAAUAGCUUAGCCGACAAGCUAAUACUAGCCCUAAAGAUGGGUCAUUUUGAGUGUUGGAAUUGCACAAACACAACAAAUGGGACUGUAAUACAGAACAAAACUCUCAAAUCUUUUCUUUUUGUUGUCCGGACGGCGUUAACAAACUGGCUAAGUCACUAGCAUAGCCUAGCUAGCUAGCUAAGCUAGGCUAGGCUAAGCUAGCAGUUUGUUGGUGCCCCUCCUCAACCGCGAUUCAAACCUGCUCAGCCCUUCCUGGCCCAUUAACACAGCGCGCACACAUAGACUCACGGAGCCCGGUGAUGUGCGCUACUAAACCUUCCAGCAUGAUGAUCUCGAUUUGUAGUUUCCGCUCUUCAUCUGUCCUUGAAAUGGAUCACAGUGUUGAGCGAAGUUAAAUGCCGGAAUUGUUUGUUAGCUAGCUUGCUAGCCAGCUUGUUGCGCAGAUGAAAAUCGGACGAGGAAGACAAGACCCGACGCGACGCUCAGUGAAGCCCACUGCUGAUUUUAGGUGAUACCCAUGGAAGGAGGACCGACCGAAGCCGUAGUGGACGAGACGGGGGACGCUUUCAAAGCCAAGGAUUGUAAGACGUAUCAACGGCGGCGUGAGGAUGAAGAGGUUGAGGCUGAGCUCUUGCAGGCUGCCGGUCUAGAGGUGGUGGAGCAGCCCAUAGCCGAAGGUCAGGUGACGGGCCAAGUGGCCGACGCGCAGCAGCAGCUGGUCGAAGGUGUGGUGAGCGUAAAUAGUGGUGUCGAAAUGAUGGUGAUGGACUCGUUGGACCCAGCCCUGCUGCAGAUGAAGACGGAAGUGAUGGAGGGCGCCAUGUCUGCUAGUGUGGGUGUAGCUGGGGCAUCCCACGAGGCCACAGUCACCACAGUGGAUGACACGCAGAUCAUUACCCUGCAAGUGGUCAAUAUGGAGGAGCAACAACUGGGCCUGGGUGAACUACAGCUAGUGCAGGUGCCUGUUUCAGCUGUGCCUGUCACUGCCACCACUGUAGAAGAGCUGCAGGGAACACUGGUUGAUGCUACUGCCAUGCCCAAAGAUGGAGAGCCUGUCAUCUGUCACACACUGCCGCUUCCAGAGGGCUUCCAGGUCGUGAAAGUAGGUGCCAAUGGAGAAGUGGAGACUGUGGAGCAGGACGAGCUCCCCAGCCAUGAGGAGCAGUCUUUGCAGCAGCAGGAAGAGGAGGAGGUUCCUGAACCCCAAAAUGAUGACCCCACUUGGGCCAAGGAUCCUGACUAUGCUCCUCCUGUCAAAAAGGCCAAAAAAACAAAGAAAAGCAAGCUGCGCUACAACACAGAGGGGGAGAAGGACAUGGACGUGUCUGUUUACGACUUUGAGGAGGAGCAGCAAGAAGGCCUGCUCUCAGAGGUUAAUGCAGAGAAGGUCGUGGGCAACAUGAAGCCUCCAAAGCCAACCAAGAUCAAAAAGAAGGGUGUGAAGAAGACAUUCCAGUGCGAGUUGUGUAGCUACACCUGCCCAAGACGCUCCAACCUCGACCGUCACAUGAAGAGCCACACGGAUGAGCGGCCGCACAAGUGCCAUUUGUGUGGGCGCGCCUUCAGGACAGUCACCUUGCUGAGGAACCAUCUCAACACACACACAGGCACCAGGCCCCACAAAUGCACCGAUUGUGACAUGGCAUUUGUAACUAGCGGUGAGCUUGUGCGACACCGUCGCUAUAAACAUACUCAUGAGAAGCCCUUCAAGUGUUCCAUGUGUGACUAUGCUAGCGUGGAGGUCAGCAAACUGAAGAGACACAUUCGCUCUCAUACUGGAGAGCGUCCAUUCCAGUGCAGCCUGUGCAGCUAUGCCAGCAGAGACACCUACAAGCUGAAGAGACACAUGAGAACCCACUCAGGGGAGAAGCCGUACGAGUGCUACAUCUGUCAUGCGCGCUUUACCCAGAGUGGCACUAUGAAGAUGCACAUCCUGCAGAAGCAUACUGAGAAUGUGGCCAAGUUCCACUGCCCCCACUGUGACACUGUCAUCGCUCGCAAGAGUGACUUGGGUGUGCAUCUGCGCAAGCAGCAUUCCUACAUCGAGCAAGGUAGGAAGUGCCGUUACUGUGAGGCUGUGUUUCAUGAGCGCUAUGCUCUCAUCCAGCACCAGAAGUCCCACAAGAACGAGAAGCGCUUCAAGUGUGACCAGUGUGACUACGCCUGCCGACAGGAGCGUCACAUGGUGAUGCACAAGCGCACCCACACUGGGGAAAAGCCAUAUGCCUGCAGCCACUGUGAGAAAACUUUCAGACAGAAACAACUCCUGGACAUGCAUUUUCGUCGCUACCAUGACCCCAACUUUGUGCCCACUGCCUUUGUGUGCACCAAGUGUGGCAAGACCUUCACACGCAGGAACACCAUGGCCAGGCAUGCUGAGAACUGUUGUGGACUGGAAAGUGGUGAUGGCGAGAAUGGUGCUCCAGCCAAGAAAAGCCGUGGUGGCAGAAAGAAGAAGAUGCGCUCCAGGAAGGAUGAUGACGACAGUGAUGAGCAUGGAGAGCCUGACUUGGAUGAAAUUGACGAAGAGGAGGAGGAGGAAGAAGAUGCUCUGGAUGAUAUGGAGAUGGAAGUGGAACAAGCUCCACCAACCAUCCCUGUCCCUGCCCCCGUUGAGCCACCUGUCAAGAGGAAACGUGGCCGACCUCCCAAGAAUCCUCCCAAAGCUUCCCCUGCUAAGAACACCACUGUUGCACCUACUGCGACUGCCAUUAUCCAGGUGGAGGAUGAGGGCACGGGAGCCAUUGAGAACAUCAUAGUAAAGAAAGAACAGGACGGCCUGGAUUCUUCAGUGGCAGUGUCGGCAGACCCUGUGGUGGAGGAGGUUGAAGCCACAGAGGGAGAAGUAGAGGCAGAGCAGCUGUCUGUCCCUGAGGCUGCACCCAAUGGAGACCUCACCCCUGAGAUGAUCCUCAGCAUGAUGGACCGGUGAUGUGCUCUCCCAGGCCCAAUAUCCACACGCUCGUAUGCGUCCUCACCCACGCGGUCACCUCCCUGCCUCACAGAACACAGCCAAACUCCUUUCUGCCGUGUUCUCCUUCAGUUCCUGAUCUGUGGAAUGAAAUAUCCAAUGUUCCUUUUUCACUCUUAAUCUUAAUUUUUUUUUUUUUUUUUGGUUACAUGCUUUUGACUCAUGAUGUCAACUGUGCAUGAUGCUCCUUUUUUUUUUUUCUUCUUCUUCUCCUUUGGUUAAACUCAAUGUUUGAUUAUUGUCCCAUGUCAUCUAGUGUGUGCUGAGGGUUGCAGAGAUGCUUACAUGCGAAUCCGGUGACUGACUGACUGUAAUUGGUUCCUCAUACUUAGUGUAGUGAACUGCACACAUUUUUAGAUGUUUGUGCCUAAUGUCUUUUUCUUCCCCCCCCCCCCCCCCCAAACCUCCAGUCUAUUAUAUUACCAUGGUAAUAUUUGAAAAGUAAAACUUGGUGGGCCUGGUCAAGCCUUGAUAUUUAGACUUUCACUGUUGUAGAAUGGGCUUUUUUUUUUUUUUAAUCCAGCAAGUAUCCUUUUAAUAUCUGGCACACGUAGCAACUUUCAUUUUCUGUUGCGUUUCUUAUUGCUUUCACUGAUUACAACUGAUGAGAGAGAAAAGGUUAGAAAUAUAGCCAUAUAAUUGUAUGGCCUGGGAGGAUUUCCAUCUCUCACAUUUGAAAUAACAAAAAAAAAAAAAUCUGAGGUUGAUCACAUUGUACAAAGAGAGUAAUCUUGGCCGGUCUUGCGUGUAAAUAUAUUUUUUUUUCUUAAUUUGUUUUAUGAACAUUUUAAUCUUUUUCAAGUGAAUUGAUCUUGAAUGCUGACCUGAUGACAUUUUAAACAAUAGUCAUUUGAAAACAUGCUUUUGGGGGGAAAAAAAUAAACAAAUCUUGACAAGGGUGUAACGGCAUAAGAUCAUGUAAAUGCCCUCUUUCCUUCUCCUCCUCCCCCCCGGCCUUGUAUAGCUUCUAAUGUUACCUGGGUUUGUGUUUUCAGGGAUGGAAUUAGAUAUUCUCCUUUUGAUUAAUUAAGAUAGGAAGAUAAGAGUCUUGUUUCUGUCAGCACCCACUUCCAUGUUGGUAUCAAGAUGACCACAUAAUGGUAAGCUUAGCUCUUGAGUGGUGUAGUGGUAACAUAAUCGAGUGACCAGGGUUUAGAUCCUGACACUGUAAAGGAAGGAAAAAGGACGGGUGGGGAAAACAAAGUUGGCCAGUGCUAGAUGAGCUCUGUGUCCUAUAACCGUGUGUAGGUUACGCCCUAACUCUCUGAUUUAGUAUGACUGCUGAUGUGCUUGAGUUGUUCGUUUAAUAAAUCAGAAAAGGUCUCUGUGCAUAGCAGCUUUCUCAUUUCCGUUCUGUUCAGAUCCUAUACAGUCCACUGAGCUUGAGCUUGUGCUUGAUUAAGCUAUUUUGUUGUGUUCUGUUCUACAAGAACUGUUUGCAUAGUUCAUUCAUAAGAAAUUUCAAAAUUAGAGGCACUGUCAUUUUCUGAACAUAUCCCUCUGAUUCAGAAUAUUUUCCCUACUUGUACUUUUGCAUUUGUUUCUUUUCUUAAGCUCUUAAUUUUAGGUUGAUGGGGGGGUUUUCCCUUUUUUUUUCUUUUUUUUUUUUGGUACCUACCUGUAACUGUGUGAAUUUUACAGUGGUCAGAAAACCGACAUAUAAAGACAUUUUAUUAUGGCUGGGUGGGGCUUUGAAGGAAUAGGAAAGAUGUGGAGAAUGUAUUGCUGUACAGCUAAUAAAAAUAAUAUUGUCCUA